UCAAUCAAUCAAUCAAUCAAUCAAUCAAUCAAUCAAUCUGUACAUCACUUCAACUUCCCACCUGUACUUAUCGCCUACCCGCCCGCAACCGCACAAUAACCUAAAAUCGUGCUCUCAAUCUUGCAAUCAUUACCGAAGUGGUUCGUGCAAGCCUUCUUUUGAGGGGAAUCACAAGCGCUACAACCGAUUGUGUGCUAAACUUCCCUUCACCGUCACAUUGAACCCUUUUCAUCCAGAAGAAGAAUCUAUCCGCCAUACAUACUACACUCAACUUCACUCAUUCAAUCUUGAUUCAUUCGCCAUUCACUAUUGCAUGCUUGUACAAACCAUCAAGUCACUUUGACAUUUAUUGAAACGGCGAACGAAGUGUACGAUAUACAUUGGGUAGCUAUCUGAUCAUUGGCUUACUUACGGAAAAACGGUCUGCGGCUACACUGCAUCUCUACUUCUUUUGCCGGCUUCAACCCUGCAAUCUUGUAUCUUCCUCUUGUCCAGAAACCUCACAUACCUACCCUACCGUACCUGCACAGCCUUGCGAAUCGACGAAAUAACAUACUCGUCAGCGACAGAGCUCCAGGGCUUCCAUCGAAACAAUAAACCAUUCACAUAGGUGUGCAAGAGAGACUGAAAAAUCAUGGCAAGUAUAUUCAGACGAGUGUAUGAUUGGUUGCUGCGGCUUUUCUGGGCUACGGAAAUGGACAUUACGAUGAUCGGUUUGCAAAAUGCUGGAAAGACAUCUUUGUUAAGGGUACUAGCGGGCGGAGAAUUUACACUUGACUCCAUUCCUACAGUUGGUUUUAAUAUGAAGCGUGUCCAGAAAGGUCAUGUCACUCUCAAAUGUUGGGAUUUAGGCGGACAACCCCGCUUUCGUUCCAUGUGGGAGCGAUAUUGUCGCGGCGUAAAUGCUAUUGUGUUUAUUGUCGACUCUGCCGAUCCCGAUGCCUUACCAAUCGCUAAAGAUGAGCUUCAUUUGCUUUUAGAAAAACCCGUGUUGCAAGGGAUACCUCUUUUGGUAUUGGGAAAUAAAUCUGAUUUGGAAAACAAGUUGAGUGUGGACGAGUUGAUUGAGAGGUUGGAUCUAAAGAGUGUAGGACAUAGAGAGGUGAGCUGUUAUGGGAUCAGUGCUAAGGAGGAGACAAAUUUGGAUGCUGUUUUGCAAUGGCUGGUUGCAAGGGCGAAUAAGUAGAGUGCAUACGGAGGGUGGGUGGGUGAUUGAUCAUCAAAGAACAAGUAAAUCUUGUCGCGAAGUUUGGAUGGAGUAUUGCGGGUACGAAUUUUCCGGAUAGUAACGAUGAUUAACGACAUGAAAUGGCGAAAAUAUGGGAUGAUAAAUGAUCGAACUUCGAAAAGGAUCUUCGCGGACCACGAAUAUAUCUCCUCAGCCCACAGCAACCAAUUCUAAUUAUUUUCAAAUUCUUCCUGCUCGAUCGGCGAGGAUCCCUUCGACUUCUAUUUUUCGAUUUGCUGUGAGCCGAACGGCGGGACAGAAAUGUAUCAAAUUUCCUUGUAUUCUUCUGGGUAGGAUGCGCCAUGUCUGCUACGAUGAGACGACUUUACGACCCUCUGCUUUAUUGUUGGAUUACUGGGAUCGACAUCCAGCGUGUUGCAUGGUGCCAGUUGGUAAAUGAGGUAGUGGCACCGGUGUGUUGAAAUAAUCGGAGAAGAACCAUUGUAUUUAAAACAUUCAUACUUUGCGCUUCCAAGCCCAGUCGUAUUUCCAUGAGUGCUUUGCGCUUUUCCAUUUCCCAAUAUACAUAUAUAUACGUUUAUCUUUCAUGCGAUCGUCUUGAGGUGUAAAUUGUAGGAUUUCCGGAAAGUCUUCAGACGUUUUAUGUAUUCGUUUUGUCUUUGGCGGUAUAUUAGGGCAAUGUCGCGUCUUAGCAAUGAUAGAACGAGGUAAUAGAUGACGAUGAAUCCUGUGUGUUGGAAACCCGUAUCUGUCAGAAAUCCGUUCGAGCGAAGAUUGGCUUGCUAUCAACUGCAUGUGCGCUGUUAACCUGUGUAGAAUUUGUCCGCGGUGAAAGAUUCCCAAUGCCCAGCUUAUUCCGAAGUUUUAUUUGAAGCUUUCGUGAUGAGACUAUGUUCCAAUAUUCGUAGAUGCGCGCGUCUCCUUCGUAACCUAUUUCGUGACCAGAUGCCCUCUACCCAUAAAGUAAGUACCUUGAGGCUCGAGUCGAGUUGGCCAAAACAUUGAAUAUGCUGGGAAGGAGAUCGAGGCGAAUACGAAUGUUUAUAACGGCGUAUUGAGUGUCUCACCUGCAUUUUAUACAUCGUAUCAAUUUCUCGGCGCAUCGUAUGUAAUGUGUACAGCAAUCAUGAGUGGAUUCUCGGGAGCCUUUCCAUGGGCUGGGAUGGUGAGUGAUGGGAAAGACAUCGAGUUCGCGCUGGACAAUUGGAAUUGACGGGGAAAAGAAUCGAGGGAGGGAGGAAGGGUGGGAAGAAAAGAAAUGACAGAGGAGAGGGAGCGUCAGGCAUUUCAUACAAUCAUGCCUAGAGAUGCAUCGCGCAUGC